AGGGCGCGCUUCCGCCGGGCGCCGCGCGCGCCGCGGUAAAUGGGAGGCUCGGCCGACAGGGGCGGGGGCCGCGCAGCCGGGGACUUUCAGGAACUGCAGGAGCGGGCGGCGCGGGAGUAGCCGAGCGCCCAGCGGCUGGGCCUGAGCGUCGAGACUCGGGGCCGAGGCGGAGGAGCGGCCGCCGCGCCGGGGCCCAGCCGGAGCCGCUGCCCUCGCCCUUGCCUUUGCCUGCGCGGCUCAGAAUCACCAUCCGCGGCGCGGGAGACGAGCCGGCCGUCCCGGGCCGGGGGACCCGCCCGCCAUGGCCACCAAGGCUCGGGUUAUGUAUGAUUUUGCUGCUGAACCUGGAAAUAAUGAACUGACGGUUAAUGAAGGAGAAAUCAUCACAAUCACAAAUCCGGAUGUAGGUGGAGGAUGGCUGGAAGGAAGAAACAUCAAAGGAGAACGAGGGCUGGUUCCCACAGACUACGUUGAAAUUUUACCCAAUGAUGGAAAAGAUCGAUUUUCUUGUGGAAAUUCAGUGGCUGACCAAGCCUUCCUUGAUUCUCUCUCAGCCAGCACAGCUCAGGCCAGUUCGUCGGCUGCCAGCAACAAUCACCAGGUUGGCAGUGGCAAUGACCCCUGGUCAGCCUGGAGUGCCUCCAAAUCUGGGAACUGGGAAAGCUCAGAAGGCUGGGGGGCCCAGCCAGAGGGGGCUGGAGCCCAGAGAAACACAAACACUCCCAACAACUGGGACACUGCCUUCGGCCACCCCCAGGCCUACCAAGGACCAGCAACUGGUGAUGAUGAUGACUGGGAUGAAGACUGGGAUGGGCCCAAAUCCUCUUCCUACUUUAAGGAUUCAGAGUCAGCUGAUGCAGGCGGUGCUCAGCGAGGAAACAGUCGUGCUAGUUCCUCAUCCAUGAAAAUUCCCCUUAACAAAUUUCCUGGAUUUGCAAAACCUGGCACGGAACAGUAUUUGUUGGCCAAACAACUAGCAAAACCCAAAGAGAAAAUUCCCAUCAUUGUUGGAGAUUAUGGCCCAAUGUGGGUUUAUCCUACCUCUACAUUUGACUGUGUGGUAGCAGAUCCCAGGAAAGGCUCCAAAAUGUAUGGUCUGAAGAGCUACAUCGAAUAUCAGCUAACACCUACUAACACUAAUCGAUCUGUAAACCACAGGUAUAAGCACUUUGACUGGUUAUAUGAGCGUCUCCUGGUUAAGUUUGGGUCAGCCAUUCCAAUCCCUUCUCUUCCAGACAAACAAGUCACAGGCCGCUUUGAAGAGGAAUUUAUCAAAAUGCGCAUGGAGAGACUUCAGGCCUGGAUGACCAGGAUGUGUCGCCAUCCAGUAAUCUCAGAAAGUGAAGUUUUCCAGCAGUUCCUAAAUUUCCGAGAUGAGAAGGAGUGGAAAACUGGAAAGAGGAAGGCCGAGAGAGAUGAGCUGGCGGGAGUCAUGAUAUUUUCCACCAUGGAACCAGAGGCACCUGACUUGGACUUAGUAGAAAUAGAGCAGAAGUGCGAGGCUGUGGGGAAGUUCACCAAGGCCAUGGAUGACGGCGUGAAGGAGCUGCUGACGGUGGGGCAAGAGCACUGGAAGCGCUGCACGGGCCCAUUACCCAAGGAAUAUCAGAAGAUAGGAAAGGCCUUGCAGAGUUUGGCCACAGUGUUCAGUUCCAGCGGCUAUCAAGGUGAAACAGAUCUCAAUGAUGCAAUAACAGAAGCAGGAAAGACUUAUGAAGAAAUUGCCAGUCUCGUGGCGGAACAGCCAAAGAAAGAUCUCCAUUUCCUGAUGGAAUGUAAUCACGAGUAUAAAGGUUUUCUUGGCUGCUUCCCUGACAUCAUUGGCACUCACAAGGGAGCAAUAGAAAAAGUGAAAGAAAGUGACAAACUAGUUGCAACAAGUAAGAUCACCCUACAAGACAAACAGAACAUGGUGAAGAGAGUCAGCAUCAUGUCUUACGCGUUGCAAGCUGAGAUGAAUCACUUUCACAGUAACCGGAUCUAUGAUUACAACAGUGUCAUCCGCCUGUACCUGGAGCAGCAAGUGCAGUUUUACGAAACGGUGAGUGGGCGUCCACGUGCCUUUUGCAUGUGCUUGAGGAGAGGGUUCCUGGUAAACCACUUUGACCAUGUAAAGUUAAUCUGUUUGUAUUCUUUAAUCCUAAGUAAUAAACCAAAGGAAACUAAAUUUUGGACAGGAUUUUUUUAAUCUAAUUCCAUCUGCCCUUUGCUUUUUGGAUAACACUGGGUUAAAAAAAGGUUUUCUUCUGAAGCAGGGGUCUUGGAUGCUAGUUGCAAGGCCCCAAGAAGUUCCUUAUUGUGCAGCUCCUUCCCCACUGUCACAGCCUCUCUGUGCCUCUGUGCACCAGGAACGGUGCUGAAUGAGAUGAGGUCACCCAGCCGUCCCUGGGGCUCCGUUGGCAGCUGGAACAGGAGCCUGGCACCACACAGGAAACCAAAGGCAGCCUUUGCUUUUUGUGAAUGAGGUUUUCACAGUGCGCCAUGGAAAUCGCAGAGAGAAAACCAAAAAAGCAAGACCUGGAAUGAUUCUAUUCACAAAAAAAUAAUGAAAACUUAAAUUUUUCUUACCUCUGCUUAGUAAUUUUGUUGUUUACCAGAGUCUAUAGAAAACAAAAAUCUAGUAGCAUGUCCAUCUCAGGCACCUGCAGGUAAGGUCUGUAAUGUAGAAUCCAGCCUCCGCUGGCGGCCUUGCUGCCUACCCAGCUCCCCUCUGGCCAUGGGAUCUAAGCCAUGUUCGUGAGGAGUGGUGAGCAAGCCCUCUGCUCAGCCAUACUGGUGGCAUCUGCGAGCUGGACACUGCUGAAAACGCCUGUCUCUGGCAGCCAGUUCUUAAAGGAGAACUGUACUUGAUGUACCUAAUGCAUAUUUGUGAAUUGUGUCUUGGACAGUUGGUUUGGGAGACUAACUUAUGGGAGGAACUCACCUAAGCCCUGUCCUCCCUUACAGGACAUGGGCCCUGUGCUCUUUAAAUGCACACUUUUCCCAUCAGUUGGUGCCAUUGUGGAUUUGCCUUUCAUUGUAUAUUAGAAUAUAACAGAUUACAUUUGUCUGUGUGAGAAAAUAAUGCAAGGGCAACUCUCAGAAUUUUGAUAGUGUUGAUUUAUUGAUUUUCAAGUCCAGGUAUGGUAUAGUGACAUUGUAAUUCAGAAUAGAAAACCAUGUAUUUCAUCACUGUCUUUGCAUAAACCUAAAUAGCUGAUAGAACAUUGUCAGGUUUUAGAUCUAAGUUUUAUGGCAAAGUAACCCUUAAGUUACUAAAAUUUGCAUAUGUGUUCAUGGAGCAGACAUAUAUUGAGUGUUUCUUGUAUACCAAGCCCUCACUCUGGAUGUUUAGCAUCCAGGGAUGGAUAAGACAGCUGUGCCUUCAAGGAGCAGGAGGCCCUGGCGCAGAGACCACUGCAGCGCCUCGUUAGCUUCACAGGCAGGCUCGUGCUGUCUGCACACUCAGCAGUGACAGCAGGGUCUGGCCAGGGCGACACAACCUUCAGGGGAUUCUGGAAGCUCAUACUCCUCCAGGAAAGAGGGGGCUCUAGGCAAGCGUGAAGGCCUGAGCCCCCAGCUCAUCUGAGGAAAAGCAGGUGGUCUGGAAGCGCCGCUAGGGCAGAGGUGGGGAGCAUGUGUAGACGCCUCCCGGUGGGAAGGGACCACCAGGGCCAGCUUGGGCCCCAGCGCUGCCAGUGCCAUUCGGGGUUAAGGUCUCUCCAGCAGCAACGCAGGGCAGGGCUGGUGCCAAAAAGACCAGUUAAAGAAUUGGAAUUUGUGUCAUAUUUAACUUGUUGGAGUUGUGAAUAAAGAAUACUGUGAGGUUGUAAUGGGAGUGAUAUCUCA